GAGGCGUACGUCGCGCGAGACCCCCUUUGUAUUUAUCUCAUACUCUCGUUUUUGCGGUUAUCGUCGUCAUCGUCGUCGGUUUCUUUUUUCCCUGAUUCUUCCCGGCGGUGGUGACGGCGACGGAGACGGCGGAGGAGAGCGUGGUUCUACCGCCUACCAAGACAUUUAUCGUCGUUGGAAACUACGAUUUCUCGUUCCCGAUCCGCAUUUUCAUCGAUCUUCCCUUAGAGGAUUUUCGCGCUUUUCCAUGGAUUUGUCGCGCUAGUUGCAGAUGGCGCUGAUGCAUUUGCAAUAGCACUAGCAGAGCCGAUAAAUUCCCCCGGAGACCUCUCGGGUUCAUGUAAGAACGGGCGCUUGAGCUUGUAGAAUAGCAAUGCCGUUCAAGAACAUGGUUCGGGAGCUUAGGGGAAUGAAGGACGGUAAUGGUGGUGGCAAAUCCAGGAGAGGGAAUGAAAGGAACAAUGAUCCUAGCAGUAGUAAUAAGAACCCUCGUCGCCGAGGGCGAUCACACAUUGCGCCCGAGGGCUCCUCUCUGCCUUCUGCAUCUACCGACGAAUCUGUAGAUCAGAGCAUUUGGGUUGAUUUACCUCCCGAAUUGCUUCUAGAUAUAAUCCAACGUAUCGAGUUCAGUCAGACAACGUGGCCUGCAAGGAGAGACGUCGUGGCUUGUGCUUCGGUUUGUAGGUCAUGGAGGGAGAUCACUAAAGAAGUGGUCAAGACUCCCGAGUUGUGCAGUUUGAUCACAUUCCCUAUUUCCCUGAAGCAGCCGGGACCUAGAGAUGCUCCGAUUCAAUGCUUUAUCAAGAGGGAAAGAGCAACUGGAACAUACCGACUGUAUCUUGGGUUAAGUCCUGCGCUUUCUGGUGACAUGAGUAAACUGUUAUUGGCUGCGAAGAAAGUCAGGAGGGCUACAAGUACAGAGUUUGUCAUAUCUUUGUCGGGGAAUGAUUUCUCUCGAACGAGCAGUAAUUAUGUGGGAAAACUGAGGUCCAAUUUCUUUGGAACCAAAUUCACGGUCUACGACAGCCAGCCUCCUCCACUCGACCCGGAAAUCUCGUCCAACCCCAAGACAAACCGGAAACUCAAAUCAAGGCAAGUCUCUCCAUGGGUGUCUGCUAGUAACUACAACAUAGCUUCGAUCUCGUACGAGCUAAAUGUCCUCCGAACACGAGGCCCGAGAAGAAUGCAUUGCAUCAUGCACGGUGUCCCGAUAUCAUCAGUUCAAGAAGGCGGUACCGCUCCUACUCCAACAGAAUUUACAAAGAGCGUAAACAACAAUUCUCUGCCGCGUUUAGAUUACAAAGAGAAGAAGAAAGGCAUUAUCGGAUUCUGCUCAGGCAACCUCAGAGAAUCAUCACUGUUAGAUCCCGACAACGACGGCUCAAGAGAUCCAUUGGUAUUGAGAAACAAAGCGCCCAGAUGGCACGAGCAACUGCAGUGCUGGUGUCUGAACUUCAAGGGACGAGUCACGGUGGCUUCGGUGAAGAACUUCCAGUUGGUAGCGGCGGCUGAACCGGGACAGAACAUCAUCCCAGCAUCCGAACAAGAGCGAGUGAUCUUGCAGUUCGGUAAGAUCGGCAAAGACAUUUUCACGAUGGAUUACCGUUACCCUCUCUCCGUCUUCCAGGCUUUCGCCAUCUGCCUUAGCAGCUUCGACACGAAACCAGCUUGCGAGUGAAAUCGUUGUACAUAGGCCGAUCGAUCAAUUGGGUCGGGGCUUUCAGCUGUUUGUUUCGCAAUCUUUCCACCUGAUGCUUCAGAGUUACUUCGCAUCAAAAAGCUUAAGUAUGUUCAAUCAGUCUUUGUUUACAGGCGGUAACUCUUUGGCUCAGGCAAGGAAUUUCGUGGUCUGUAUCAUGAAGCAAAUGACCAAAGCUUCGAAAGACAGAACCCUAAACCCUGUUUCUUUUUGUCGUUAACUCAGUUACUGCAGACUGAAAUAGGGUUCACAUGUAUAAUCUUCCUUCUCUUUCUCUUUUUUUUUUUUUAUUUAUUUCCUCUUGCUAUUUGA